GCUUCCCUUACGAGAAGGUGAGAGAGCGCACUCUCUACCUUCAGGUGUUGGACUACGACCGCUUCAGCAGGAAUGACCCCAUUGGAGAGGUGUCAAUCCCCCUUAACAAGGUGGAAUUGGGCCAGAUAAAGACCUUCUGGAAGGAGCUCAAGCCCUGCAGUGAUGGAAGUGGGAGAAGAGGAGACCUGCUGCUGUCUCUCUGCUAUAAUCCAACUGCCAACACCAUCACUGUGAACAUCAUUAAAGCGCGCAAUCUCAAAGCCAUGGAUAUCGGGGGCACCUCAGAUCCAUAUGUGAAGGUGUGGCUGAUGCACAAGGACAAGCGUGUAGAGAAGAAGAAGACAGUAACGAUGAAGCGCUGUCUGAACCCCAUUUUCAACGAGUCUUUCCCCUUCGAAGUGCCCGCCCAUGUGCUGAGGGAGACCACAAUCAUCAUCACUGUCAUGGACAAGGACAGGCUCAGCCGCAACGACGUUAUAGGAAAGAUCUACCUAUCGUGGAAGAGUGGGCCAGGGGAGGUGAAGCACUGGAAAGACAUGCUCGCUCGACCGCGUACUAACGUGGCCCAGUGGCACGCUCUCAAGGCCUGAUCGCACUGCCCAGCUUCCUCCAUGGCCCCUUCCCCAUCUCCUACUCCCCCUCCUCCCUUGCCUCCUCCUCCAACUCCCGUCCUUAUGCACAAGACUGACUUGCUGCCAGGCUGCGAAACACGGGUACAAUUAGCCAUCUGCUCUCUUAAACCUUUAAACUCUUGUGGUUUUCUUUCAAACUCUUCUGUUUCCUCCUCGUCAUACAAACGUGUCUUAAUUUCUGCGUCCCACCACUUUGCCAAUGGUCCCCCUGUUUCUGACUGUCUGUGUGUCUGUCUUUCCUUAUGCACUUUGCCUGUGGAGGUCUGAUUUUCAGUUUCUUUGUCGGCCCCUUGAUUCUGAACUGCACUGCAGCCCCUGACCCAUUUACGGUGCCAGUCCCAUGGGAUCACAGAGAAUCUUAAGUAGUGGUCUAAUCUCGUAUAUUCUUAUUGUAUGACUAUUCCAGGUACACAAUACUAUACAGUAUGUACUAUAUGUACAUAUACAUAUGAAUAUAUUAGGCGUAGAGAUUGGCAGAAGUCCCCCUAUACAAAAAGUCGUAUACAGUAUGUUAUUCAUAGCUUGUCUGCUGGUUCCUUCCUCUCUGUCUCCUCAUUUGUCUUCUCCUCCUCGUCAUCCGUCUGAAGUGUACGAUAUCCCUCUCAAAUUUCAAUCCUUCCUUCUUUUACUCAAAAGUGGUUUAAUGUUCAGGCUGAAGUUGUCGAAAGCAAUCAAUACCUGGUGUGUGAAACCAGCUGAACUCAAGAUGGAGUUGUUGAUACUGCUGUCUCUUCUCUCCCUCCUCUUUUUUCUUCUCUAGACCCUUCUUUAUCUCCCCCCCCCUUAUUGUUCCCUCUUUCUCUUCUUCUGGCACAAUAUUAGUGGAUUCCCCCUCGCUCGCUCUCUGGACUCUUUUCCUGUGCCCCCCCUUGUCGUCUGUGUGCUGUGGGUGCUGUGCUGUAGCUCCAACAAAAAUAGAGAUUAAAAAAAAUUAAAGAAACAUCUAACUGAACUUUCCAAAGCUGGGAAAGCUGGGAACACUACAAACUUGGGAAAAGGAUCGCUCCUGAUUUUUCCAGACAUAAAGCCCUGACACGGAGAGAGAAAAAAGAAGAUGAAAAAAAAAAAGAAAAAGAGGAACAUGACAAACAAAUCCCCUCUGAUCGAUGAUGUCAUUUUUCACAGCAUCACCAACUGAGGAAACCAAUUUAAAAUCUUCUUCCAAUGUUAAGAUAAAAAAAAAAAACAGAAGCAAAUGGUGUGUGUUGUUUGUGCACAUGCACACUUCUGUAUGUUUAUCGAUGCUUCAGAUCCUUUGUUCUGCCCUGUGCUCUUGUUUUGUGCUGAUGGGGAUCGAUCUUCUCCAGUUUGGACUGUAUGGUGUGCUGCAUAAAUGUGCGCCUGUGUGGGUGUGUGUUUGUGUGUAUGCGUGCAUGUUUUCCAGGGGCAACGGAAUCCAGACUAGGCAGAAAUCCUCUUCUCUUUUCUCUUUCUCAUCUCUUCUUGCUCUUCUUACUGCCAUUGUUUCCCCAUCCUCCUUUACUGCCCUGCCUUCUGAACGAGGGCACGGGGAAGUUCUCUCUGCACUUUUUUAAAAUGUAAUAACAAUAAUAACGCUGAUGAUAUUUUUGAUGAUGAUUACAGUUCUGGUGAAAAUUAAGGGAGGAGAGUCUGAAAGGGUGAGCAGCUGUUGGGGAGAGGAGACAUUCGCUCUGUGAUUUCAGGGUUUGGAGAUGAAGUGGAGGGCACAGAGGACGGGUGUAGGGCUCUCAUCCUCCUCUUUUCGUGCCUCUGUUUGUCCUCGACGUACCUGUGUACGUUUCCGUGUGAGAGUAUGUGAGUGUUGGAGCACGUGAGUGUGUGUCGGCUACCAGACUCCCUGCGGCAGGCUGUUAGUGUCUGAAAUGUCAGACGAGGAUUGAGAGAUCAGGCUUGUGUGAUCAUCACAUAGAGAGGCCGGACAUCACAUCAAUGCUGCUGCACAAUGUGCGCCUGGAUCAUGAGUCUGUGAUGCUUAACAGUAAGAAAAUUGAAAGGAGAAAAAAAAAGAUAAGACUUUUCCUGAAACUACGAAUGGCCGUAUAUUUCUGAUGCUGGGUGUGAUAUUAGACGAUGUUUUGAUUUGCUGCUAUGAGAUACUGUAGAAGCAGAUUAGACAUUAGCUCUACACUGAGAGCUUAAGAGCACCACAGUGUUCUGGUAGCUGGUAGACUAAUAUUUCUGUAACAUAAAUAAAACAGUCAUAAAGCAACAACAUGAAAACCGUCAGCCAUUAAGAGCUGCUCACACUCACUCACUCUCUCUCUCUCUCUCUCUCUCUCUCUGUGUUCUCUACUAAUGUCUCUGUCAGUCUAUCUGGGUUUUUUACAUUCAGAAAGUCCUGUGAAGCUUAAUCCUGUCAGCUAUUCAGGAAUUAUUUUAGUGAAGCAGCUUCUAAUUGAGUAUUUAACCUUGAGACAUCUUUAUAAUUUGAAUAGCUUAGCAAGCAAAUAUAAUCACUUAUUUGGACUUCAGUCGAAGCAUCACUGCCUCUGUUACUGCAUCAUCUUUAGUUUAUGCUAACUCAAAUGCAAAUUCUUUGACAUUUUUUCUUAUUUACUUUGUUUUGAUUUUUUCGAGAAGCCAGAUCACCAGAUCACCAAAAGACAGAUUAUAGUUCUAGUCUAAUCUGCACCAGGCUAGUCCUCGUCUGGAGUCGGUGUGAGCCAGUCUGGUGAGCACACUGUGUCCCGGGUAGUGUGCUUCUUCGUGUGUGGACUCGGUCCUGGCUCCUUGUGAUGCACUGAUCCGGUCCAGCACCCUUCAGAACAAUUGGCCAGCCGUAAAACGGGGCCCACUGUUUUGACAGCCACUGCCUGCGGUGUCACAGCACAUUACACUCCCAUUAGGUGGUCUAAAAGGAGCAAUAUCUGCUUCCUUGGACCGGGGCGACUCACUGUUUGCAGAGGUAACGCUCGCUAAUAAUAAUACAAAACAUGGACACUCUCAUUAGUAACCACGAGGAUGAUGGAUGAGGAUAAUGGCCCGUCAGUCAGAGUGAGGAAAAUAAUUAGGAGGCGAUGGUUUCUGAAGCUCUAAAAACAAAUCGUGGUUUGAAUUCGCAGGUGUGCAGAUGAUGAGUCAGCAAAAUACCUCUGCCAGUUUCUUUCACCAAGAUUACAUGUUGCACAGGCAGUGAUAAAUUGCUGUGCUACAGGAGUUUACAAAGCUUAGUCAUCAGUGACCCUGUAAACUGGAGGAUAUGGUGUUAUUUUUAGUAACGUGGUGCAGAGUGCGAUGGAGCUGAUCCUCUAAGGUAAACUGGAGGCUGCAGGGCUACAGGGUUAGGCUUUUAAAACUAACAACACUGAGUGCUUACACAGACUGCUUCAUAAAUUCAAAUGUAGCGCUUUGAUUAGACAGGAGGCUUUCUAUGAGUGCUGUUUUAGAGUACAACAGCACUGGGACUUUAAGAUAUGUAUAUAUAUAUAUAUAUAUAUAUAUAUAUCUCAAGAUGUUCUGAAUACCACUUAUUGACAUUAGCUAACACUUUGGAUGAUCAAACUGGUACAUCACAUGUUACACAUCACAAAUGCAAUGAAAACAAGAAACAACUGACUCUGUCUUCAAUGGUAGAUUGAUGAUAGAUGGGAACUUACAGAUAAUUCAGCAAAAUACAAAGUUUCUCUUCUGUAGUUACUUCAGUGUGUUGAGUCAUUGAAACAGUUUAGGGAUUUACUUUACUUUACUAUUUCUUAGCAACAGUCCAGUCCAUGUCAAAUUGCAGAACAGUUGGUGUUGAUGGAGCGAAAUAAAUUCUGAAAAACACAAAAUACACAUCUGUUGGUAGAAAUCUUUAUUUAUAACUGUAUAAACCGCUUAUAGGUCUGCCUAACUGCAGCCAGGUGUCCAUUCCUGGAUCAUAGCCGUGCUGAUAUUCAGUACAUCAGCACUCCCGCUAAUGUACUUCUGCUAAAUAAAACAAAAAUAUGAAUAUUUAUCAUAAAUAUUUAAAAAAACAAAUAUGAAUAUUAAAGUAUCUUGCAGUUAGCCAGUGACACUGAUAAAUGCAGUUACAACACAUUCUAAAGCAGCUCUAGCAUUAAUGUAUAAUAUGAAACGAUGUGGAUUGACUCGAGUUCAAGCAACUAAUUCUAUACACUUAAGGAAACACAGAAACACAAAAUUCAUCACAAAGUAUCCAGAAAGUGGCACACUCCUUCAAACAACCAGUAGUCCAUAAUCUUCUGUCCUCUUACUGCCAAACUGCAACAACAUUAAAGUGGAUGGAAAGCUCAGUGCCAAACAGUACAAAGCAGAAAGCAAUUUCUAAAUCCCACUUUUAUUAUACUGCCACCUGUCUCACACCUCCUAACGUUCUGCGUGUUGUUGGCACCGGAUCUCUCAGCAGUGACCUUCAACUACACUGUGCUCAUGAAUACAGUCAGGCAAUGCUGCAGAUGUUCCCAGUCAACACUUUUUCAUUUCAGACUAACUCUGUAUACUGUCUUUUCUCAUGGUUAGCCUCAGCUAAGUCUUUCAUUAGUUUUCUCUGAUGAAGCCAACUGGUUCCUGCAGGUGUGGAUGAUUACUGUUCAAUUAAAAAGGUUUCCCUAAAGACGACGGACACAGCCCACACUGCCCCACCACUUUGCCACUGAAUUAAAGCCUGUCAAAAUGGACUUUGGAGUUAUGUAAAUGAUACUUUUUCCCCAAUUUGUUUGAUUUUCCUCGAGCUAUUGUUGAACCUUUUAGUGACUGCACCAUGCAACGUUCUAAUUUAUCAAAGGCUGUGCAAUGCAUUGUGGGCUUUGUUUUCAGUGGACAGGUACAUUACAAAGACACUAGGGUUAUAAAAAUGCAUUAUAGCACUGCUCGGUGUGAUAUCUGUACAAAAUGUAAUUCAAUUUUCACUUUAGACUGCAAGCCCUGUGAUUGGUCCACUGGGUAUUGCACGGUGUGGUAGGAGUGAGCUCACUGCAAACAGAAUAAACACAGCCUCAUUUGAAUGCAUUCAGUGGAACGUAAAAUAACUUCCUCUGAAUGACUAAAUAGUAAAUACAGAGUAUGUCAGGAAGCCAUGGUUAUAAAGAAACCUGUUAAACAUCAGCAUACAAGCACUAAGAAUGGGAACAUGUUAGAAUUUUGUCAUUUAAAUGAAAACAAAGGAACAUAAACCGUAUUUCAGAACAGCUAGCAUGGUUGUAAACCCUUAAUGAUGUUAUCGCUUUUGUUAUCGGAUUAGUCAGCAUUUUUUCUUCUCCCCUCACCACAUUAAAACUCUAAUUUGUUCAAUAUUUUUGGUUUAGUCCAAUUACCUGUAAAACAGCCUCAGUUUCAUUGGAAGUUUUGUACAAUUUAACAAAUGUUCGCACGCUCAAAGGCUGAAGCCCACCUCCUGGAAUUUAAUCUUCUCUCAGAUGUUUAUUCAAUUGUGUAUCUUGCCAAAUGCAUCAUUGUCACCAGCAGACUUCCACUCUCAGUUAUUGGCUGAAGGGGUCACACCUGUUUGCCAGAGGAUUAGUAAGAUAUUCUUUGGAGCCUGAUGGUAUUGUUUGUCCUUGUCAUACUCUCAGCCCCUUCCUUAUUCUGCAGUGAUAGUUUCCCUUGAUGGAGAGGCGUUAUUUAAAGACGUGUGUCAAUGACUCACUCUGUUGGAAAGGUGCCUGCUUUGCUGUAGUUUGUGCAAUAUUAAAUCAAGGCUACACAGUGCUCUAGGUGUGUGUGUCUUUGGAUUAAAAUCAGGCUGUAGUAAUCUCAUCCUGGAGGGACUGCAGCUGCGGUUUUAUUCUGCUGAAUCAUAUUAUGACGGCUGGGUCAGCACAGGAGUCGCCUCGCUCACCUUCCUCUUUUGUCCAGUCAGUGGUUGUGUGAGUCUCGCCCGGCACAGACGGACCUCCCCUCCCCCCGACUCACCCUUUCAAUUGUUUUAAGCAUCCGGUGAAAACAACCUGAUGUGACUCCUCCCAAUCAGGGUUAAAGUAAGCAUUAUUUGAAUGGUAACAAAAUGGUUAUGAAAAACAAUAAUGAGUAAUAAUAUCUUUUUCUCUUUCUGUUCACAUUUGACUGUUAGUCAGUGUGUAUGUGUGUGUGUGCUUGGUGUUCUUGUGUUGGGUUUAUUUAUUUACAAAAAUGUGAUAAGAAAAUCCUUCUGUUUUUGAAAAACUUUAUGUAAAUAUUGUUGGUGAAAAUUAACAUAUGUUGUACGCCAAGUUUUCAUUUGUCACUUGAAAUGAUGAAGAAAACAAUGAUAUUCCUGAAUAACGAUGGUGAUGUUGAUGAUGCUGAAGCUGAUUAUACCUGCCCUUCUUGAAUAAGGGCUUUUGAUGUCCGCUGUAUUUUUGUUGGAGGCGCUGUGAGGUUGCGGCAAGAGAGAUACAAAGGGAAGGAGUGAUACCCAACACAUCCCGGGCCCACUGUAGCAACACUGCCACAUCCCUCUUUAACCCCCCUUACACCUCCAGGUAAUAGACCUAGAGAUAUGUGACAUCAAUUGUAGCUUAUGUUCUUUAUGUCACACAAUAUCUUUAUAUUUGAACUACAAACAUGAAAAAAAGAAGCUCCCCCAGCUCUUUGAGAGGACUGUUCUCCUCCCUGUGGAGUCAGUCUGCCCCGGUCGCUUGGCAUCACAUCUCACCCUGUCUGCUCAUAGGCACAGGGAUUUACUGUAAUGCCAUUGUGUUAGACAGGAUUGGCCCUGUACUGACACUGAUGAUGCCUUCCUCAUUGAAUUUGGAGUCAUUAUUGCUCUGCUGGAGGCCACACAUGGGGACGGGCAUGUAUUGGGGGAGAGAGUGGAAGGACGCACAGCAUCCUUCUGACCUCUUAAAAGACGAUUUGCAUGCUUGUGGUUCAGCCUUUUUUGGGGGGAGGGGUGGGGGGAGGGUUAGACUUAUGAUUAAGCACAACUGACUGCCAUGAACUCACCAAAUAAUAAACCUGUCGUCUGCUUAGUCAGACAUUUGUAAGAACUCUCCAACUCCGAGCAAGAAAAAUCCAGGAUUAAUGCAAGAGCCAGACUAUGAAUGGCCAUUUCACAGACAACGAGGAAAUCAGGGUUUUUAAUCGUUUCAAAUGCAGCAAUGAAGAUUAAUCUUUCCAAAAUGUCCAAAAUAUGCCCUGUGCCUUGUCAGCAGGCAUGCAUUCAGCCAACUGCCACAUCCAAAAACAACAAAAUGCACAGGGCUGUAGUCCAGUUUUUCCCUCUGCAGGUGUCUGGACACCCACUCCCCCAUUUUCAAUGUGCCGUAUGUUUCCGACUGGGAGUGUGUACAGCGCAGGGAUGGAGUUUAUCAGUUUCACUCAGUUUUACUUUUAGAACCGUCUCCAGCACAGACGUCAAACGGUACAGCAGAUACUCCCUGCAGUAGUCUGCAGGAAGGACACAGGAUACGGUCCUGUCUCAUUUGUAAUACCAUCCUUCAGACGGAUUCUCAAGAUGAAAAUAUAAACACACACACAAACACACACACACACCCUCCAUCUGUCGUUUAUCGAUGCACUGAAAAUAAAUAUUCCUUCUUUUUCUUCCCCUUAGACCAGGUCCUUCAGAGUAUUUUUCUCUCCUCCUCGCUGGUUGUAAAUAGACUUUGAGAUUCAGUUAGAGCAUCCUCUAACUCCUGCCAUAAUGUGGGCAUCUUGAAUCAGGUAGGUAAUAAGCAAUACAUGUAAUUGAUCUAACGCCAUACAGAGAAAAUUUUACUCACCGAGUCUGAUUGUGACUCUGAUUUGCGUUGGGGGAUGUCGAGGGUAACACUCCUGUUUCUUCACCUCCUUUCUCCACUUGCCAUGGCUCACCUCUUCAACAAAGAGUGCUCUAACUUAAGACACACAAUUGUGAUGUGUACAAUCUAAUUUAAUGUAUUUAUUUAUGUAUUUUUGCCAACUUUGUAUAGUGUAUAAAUAUCUAUAAAUAUAUGAAAAAUGACAGUACUGUAUAGAUUUUAGCUGCCUGGUAAGGUUAAUAGUAUAUACUUGGUAGACUAAAAGAAAAAGCGUAGAGCUGUUCAAAAGCCAGUCAUUGAGAAAAUGCUUUCUGUCAAACCUGGUGCCACUGGCCUUUUUUAUAAUCUAGGUUUCGUUUCUGGUUUUACUUUUUUUUUUCCUUUUUUUUUAAAUUCUUGCCAGUGGGAACCAAAAGUGUGUGUUGUUCUUUUUUCGUCCGUUCGUUUGUUUAAUCGGUUGGUUGGUUGUUUUUUAAUUUAUUUUUUUUGCCUUGACAAGACACAGCGAGAUUCUGGCAGCCAGGAGAGUGCAGUGGAACGCAGACCGGGACCCUGUGCAGUAGUGUGUAUGUGUGUGCGUGUAUGUUCGGUGUGUGUCCGUCCAUAGUAGUGCUAGUGCUCUCUGUGCAGUGCCUCCCUUCUCCCUUCUCUCUCUCUCUCUGAUGUAGUUUGUCAUGUGAUGCAGAGUGUGUUAAGGUACAGGAUGACUGUUCACUGAAGCCGGCAGAUGCCCUCUUUCUCUCUUUCUCUCUCCCUCUCUUUCUUUUGCUCUCUCUCUCUCUCUCUCUCUGUCUGUCUGUCCAUGUCUCCUCUGCUUCUUCAUUACAACUCUUCAUUUUAAUCCUCCACCAUGUAUAGAUUUCCACUUCCUCUUGCUCGAUCGUUCAUUUACUCCCCCAUUCAGCUGGUAAUGUGUACACCAGCAGGGUCUAAUUUUCCAGUAAUCCAUGCUUUCUCAUCUAUCUGUGAUUUUUUUUUUUUGUCCAUUAGCAGCUCUCAUCCGUCAUUUUAGAGCCCCCUUAUUUUGUCCUGCAAACCUCUGCGGACUGGAGGAGGAUUUAGCACACACACACACACACACACACACACACACACACACACACACACACACACACAAAGAAAGAAGAUCCUCGCGGUUUAUGCCUGGUCAUAUCUUUUAUAUUUUUACUUUAAUCUGUCUCUUUCUUCUGUCUCUGGAGGAGAAGGGCAGCUGCCGGCUCAGCUCGCAGAAACACAAAGCAGCCAUAUUCAGAUGUCAAGCACAGAACUGUGACUCAAAUAUCCGUUGUGGUGGCAUCAUUGCCGCCAUGUUUGUAGCAAGAGCAAGGGAAUAGCCUUAAAGAUUGGACAAACUACAUGUAAAAGAAGUGGGAUAUGUGCAUUUUGUAGUGGACUAUGAUUGCCUUCCCUUUUCCCACACCAGAUUUAUUACUCAGUAUUCUGAUGUGUUGCUUGGUUGCUCUGUACAUAUCUGUGUAGUACUUCUGUUGAUGUCCCUGUAUUAGUAUAGUAAUGGGUUCUUACUGGGCGACCUUUGCAGAAGUCUGCUCCCUCCUGUCUCAUCUCAUUUCCUCAAAAACUUUAGACAUUCCAUCUGAAUCUCAACUUGAGAAACAUUUUAAAGAUGAUUCGGUUUUUCAUGUAGCCUGGGAGCAAAAGGACUGAGUCACAGACAUUUCCGCUGGAGCCAUGAUAAUAACCAGGACGACUUGUCUGUGUUCACGUCUAACUAACAGACUCGGUGUAAAGACCCUGACAUGUGCCUCUCUGCUCCUCUAAACCCCGCCUCCAUACUGCUACCUCACCUGACUCUGAGAGGUCAGCGGGUCACCGACUGGUUUAGGGAGCCUUCGACCUGCAGCAGGUGAUGGUGGGUGAGGAGGUGGGAGAGCCCUUUGAGGUGGCAGAGAGGCAGCACGGUCUCACCCUGGGUCAGGAGGGGAGGGAGCAUGGGUGUCUCAAGGUCACACCCAGUAGCACUUCGGUUUUGCGUUCCAUGUUUUUUGAAGCCUCUCCUGUUUUUUGGCCUAGCGGACUGUGAUCUUACUGGUUGAUUUUUCUCGUUCUCCUCCACCCAUCAGUGUUAUAAGAGUAUGUUGGGUGGGUGGAGCCAUGGAGCUGAGCUCUGAUUUUGUUCCAUAUUAAAGAAUCAUUUUUACAACA